UCAAAUCGAGAUUACAGUAUUUUUUUUAAAUAUACCUCUAAAAUCUCAAUAAAUGUUUGCAGAGGGCUACCUAUAUCCAAAGAAUACUUGGGAAUUCAGAUGAGAAUGAGCAUAGGUGAACAUCGUGUUUUACGAGCUGGUGAAAACGACCGACUUCGGCAAGCAAUGGCAUUCCCUUCCAUGUUCCAUAUCCUCCUCAUCUUCUCCCUGGUGAGCCACAGCUUUGCAGAGGAUGAGGCUUCUCCUUGAGGCUGUGGCUCCCUCCUGAAGAGGCCCUUCACUGCGCUGUGUGACCUGGACGCAGUGUGGGGUGUAGCGGUGGCAGAGGCGGCAGGCGUGGUUGUCCUGGCCUCACUGAUCCUGGCCCUGGUGUUGCUGUGCCGCCUGUGGCGCAUCACAGAGGCUGAAGCUCGCAGUGGAGUGGCACCGCUUUAUACCAGCUUUUGCCACGUUUGAGUGGAUCCUGGCAAUUGUGAAGCAUCCAGGCCAACCAGUCUGCCAGUACCAGCCACUAAGCAUCACCUUGGCCUGCAUUUACAGGCUGGUCCUGCUCGUGGCAGUGCCAAUAACCUUGGUCAGGGGCAUUGCUCAGGGGGAAUCACAGAUGCGUUGCAGGAUGUUGUGGCUGCUCUGCAUGAGCUGCACCUCUGGUGGGCUGUGGGCCAUCUGGGUGGCCUGUAAUCAUAUUUUGAAAAUGACACCCGGCCAGUCCACCAGUUGGGAGGACCAGUUGUGGGCAGAGGUGCUAGCAGUGCAGGCCUGGCUGUUGCUGCUGUUCCACGCUGCCCCUGAGGCCUACGCCUGCCUGCGUCCACCUCGACAGCCCUCAGGUCUUGAUGGUGUUGGCCCCGCACCAGCCCCACCCCGCUCAAGGGAGGCCAGUAUAGAGGAGGGCCUUCCCCUGUCCCCCCAGCCCAGUGUAGAGAGCCAGGGCUCUCCAUCUCGCAGCAGCUCAGCUGGUUCUGGAAGUCAGAGAAGUGGAAGUGCAGAACCAACGCCCAGCACAUCCUUCCACAUCGAGAUGAGCAGCAACGCAGAGCCCAUGCCCUCCACCUCCACCGGAAUAUAUCACAUUUGGCAUACACAGUCAUCGGGAUUUUGAGGAGGAUGGCUCUACUCGAUUGGCCAUGGACCAGCUGCCGCUCCCCACUGGACAUCUGCAAGAAUAUAAUACUUACAUGAUUAAAAUAUAUAAUGUAUAUAUAAUGACCAUCCGUGUAAUUGGUGUGUUUUGUGGCUAAAGGGUUAAAUAAGCAUUUAAUUGUAUUCACUACAUGAUAUAUAAGAAGA